ACACGCGCUACUCCAUACCAGCUUAGUUUAUUGGAGCACAACACACGAUUUAUUUUCUGACAGUCACUUCCGUGUGCAGUGAAUGACGCUCUGCAUUUAGGCCCGCCUUCUUCAUUCUGAUUGGCUGUCGUAGAACUCGUGAACCAUUUACUCGUUUGUGAUUGGACGAUCAACGGUUAUGCCUUUGAGUGACACAUUGGUACAAACAUGUUACGAAAGGAGUCAGCGGCUCAGGAGGAGAAGUGCCUCGUUAUUGUUGUCACAUUAGUAAAAUUUUUCCUCACAGGACAAGUUAUGAAGGAGAAGAGGACCUGAGCUUCAUCGAAACCCUUUGGGAUAGUCCAAAUGGAUUCCUUAUGUUGAUGUUUACUCUUCCCAACUUGAGUAGAGCAGUGGUGCGUGUGAGGAGACUGGCAGCUCAACUCAGCAAAGCAACAAUGUCCACAAACCACCAGGGUUCAAGUCCGUCCUCUGCAGUCAGUGGAGAUGUUCCCACUGCAGCCAUUGUCAUCAUUGGAGAUGAGAUACUGAAGGGCCACACAGUGGACACCAACAGUGCCUUUCUGACACGUGCACUAAGGAAGCUUGGAGUGUCCGUGCAGCGCAUCACAGUCAUACCAGACGUACAGGAGGUCAUUGCCAAAGAGGUGGCCCUCCUUUCACCUCAGUAUACUUACCUCAUUACCUCUGGAGGCAUAGGCCCCACCCAUGAUGAUGUCACUUUUCAAAGCAUUGCCAUGGCAUUCCAAGAGGAGUUAUAUGUUCACCCUGAGCUUGAACAGCUGGUGAAACAAUUCUUUGGGACAGUGGACAAGAACAGUGCAGCUAUGAAGAUGGCCAUGGUGCCAAACUCAGCCAAACUCAACUAUGGGACGGAUCCUCAGACUGGACAGCUGCUCCGCUACCCACUGGUCAGUGUGCGUAAUGUGUAUAUCUUUCCUGGGAUUCCAUAUCUGAUGGAGCGGGCCUUCACUGGGCUGGAGCACCUCUUUGUUUUCUCUGGGACUACUUUUCACACUCGAGAGGUGUUUGUGGAUGCAGAUGAAACAGAGAUCGCUCCUGUGCUCACUAAAUUGCAAGCUAGUUGUGGUAGAAAGGUGGCUAUAGGCUCUUACCCUGACUGGCUUAGCAACUAUCACAAAGUCAGGCUGGUCCUGGACUCGGACAGCCAGGACGAGGUGGACAAAGCGCGUGCACAGCUGCUUGAUGAACUGCCCAAGGGGAGAGUGGUGCCCUUAGUGACUGACCCUGUGUCCAUUGCUACUGCUGAGGUUUACAUGCUGGCAAAUAAUGGGACACCGCUGGGUGAGAAAGUUCUGUCUGCUCUGAAGACGAUAGAGGCUGCACUAGAUCAGUAUUCGACAGAGGAGGUCUGUGUCGGGUUCAACGGAGGCAAAGACUGCACGGCGCUGCUCCAUCUCUACCAUGCUGCACUGAGACGGCAAUAUCCAGAUGGUAAAGACAGGUUGAAAGCUUUGUAUAUCCGUACCGUUUCUCCAUUCCCAGAAAUUGAGAGAUUUGUCCAGGACACAAUAAAAAGAUACGAUCUGGAUCUGUUCUCUGUGGAGGGCAGUAUUCGGCAGGCGCUGAGCGAGGUGCAGGAGAGGAAGCCGGAGCUGAAGGCCGUCCUGAUGGGGACCAGGAGGACUGACCCCUACUCACUCACACUCACACCCUUGUGCCUCACUGACCCUGGCUGGCCAGAAUACAUGAGGGUCAACCCAUUACUAGAUUGGACCUAUCACGACAUUUGGUCGUUCUUGAGGACGUUAUAUGUGCCCUACUGUAUUCUCUACGAUAAAGGGUACACCUCGCUGGGCAGUAUGGACAACACCUGUCGAAACGUGGCCCUGCAGAUGGUGGACGAGAGAGGGAUAAAGCGGUACAAGCCAGCCUACCUCCUGGAGAAUGAGGAGGAAGAACGAAACUGCCGCGCCUGACGUAGUCUCAGCUGAAGCUAUCAGAUCAAAACGUGCACACGGACCGUCUCCUUGUGCAUAUUUACAGAAGACUGAACACAACCGACUGCUGAAUGAGAUUUUGAGUGUGGUCUAGUCGCGUUUGUUUUUUUUGUUUUUUUUUUGUACACAUGCAUCCAUCCAUUUUCUACCACUUUAUCUUUCACAGGAGAGUCCCCAAGCUCAGCUGACAUAGGGCGAUAGACGGGGUACACCCUGAACACAGGGCAACACAGAGAGACAAACAACCAUUCACUCUCACACCUUAGAAUGAAUUUAGAGCCAAUUUACAGAGUGUUCAAUUGACCUAAUCCCCAUAUUGCAUGUUUUUGGACUGUGGUCUCAAACCGGGGUCUUCUUGCCGCAAAGGCAAGAGCACUAACCACUACACCACCCAUGCAUACAUGUGAAUGUAAUAUAAUGUCUCUUUGUGCUGUUGAGUAAAACCAUAAAUCUGUGACAUCCUUUUCUAUUUUCAUGUUACUAUUUUUAAAGGAGUCUAUAUAGAAACGGCAGCCUGCAGGUCUUUCAAUACAGCUCUCGAUCCAUCUCA